UUCAAGGAAUCGUUCGAGGUUAACACUGAGAGGCAUAGAAAGCCUGAUACUGUUUAAAAGCGGUCGCGUCAGUCUAAUGAAUUAGAUAUUUUAUUAUUUUUGCAAAAAAAUAUACGGAAAGAUUGUUGUAAUAAAAUUGUACAAGUAAUGAACAAAUUAAAUUAAAUUCCAAAAUUUCAGAUCAAGAGAAAAUGGACAACGAUCUAAAAUCUGUUAUCGAAAUGGAUCCAAAAACCAUAACUGAGGAAGAAGUGGAGAUUAGUGAAGAACUUGAGAACCGUCAUAAAGAGGUGGGUUGCGAUAAAGUAGUUCUCUUAAUGAGGGAGUUAAGUUUUAGGCAUGAAGAUGAAGAAUAUAUUAAACCGGAGCAUUUUUUCCAAAAAGAACCGUCGACUAGCCAGGGCAUUGGGGUAUCUUCCCCAAAAGCUAAAAAAAACACCAACGAAGAAAAGCCAAAAGAGGUGCACUACUGUCUGUGCUCCAUGCCCACUGAUGAGGAAAUCGCUGCCAUGUCCGAGGACGAAUUUAUGAACUUUCUCCUUGAUGCCGCAGUAUUCUUUCCCGAGGAUAUGCGCUGUAAGCUUUUACCGUACACCUUCGACAAUCUCAAGAGCCUGACCAGUCGCAUCCUGUUAAAGAUGGUUGCCCAGUUGUUGGGGGACUGUGAAGCAGAUAAGAAACUGGCCGUUUUGUGUGGUCUGAAACAUUGCAGGCGCACCACAAAGAUCAGCAAUCAUAUGCACAAUAUAAAUCAGACACGCCAGGAGUCGGAAAGUCAGUCGGUAUUGGAAGACAGUGCAUCGUCGAAUGACAGUAUGGAGGUUAUAAGCCCAUCCGAGGACAGAAUCGAUGUGCCCAUGCCAAAGAAGGCUGCUGAAAACAGUGUCGUGUAUAAUUCACAUACUUGCGCUAAGAUAUGCGCAGUGAAUUGCGCCAAAAUAUUUCUAGAAGCUCUUCAAAAUAAUACAAUAAUACCGUCUAUUCCAAACAUUCCGAAUAUGACGGCUAAAGAUGUCGCCUCGCUAUCGGCCCAGCUUGUCACCAAACUGUCGGCUCCGAAAGCCGCAGACUCCGCCGAAACUGGAGACGAAGAUGAGAAAAUGGUUAAAAUGACUGUUGAGGAUGUGGCUGCAGUCUCAUGCGAUCUACUAUCCCAGCUGGGCAUCAACGUCCCCGGCGAUUCUAUUAAUUUGAUUGAUAUUACUGACGUAGGAGUUAACAGUAUCACCACUCAACUCGUCUCCAAGCUACAGGGUUUAGUUGCCGAAGAUGAUGCCGCGAAUGCAGACACAAUGUCCGUUGGUGGUGCCCCCAAAAGAGCAGGUAUUUUUAAUUUGAGUGGCGCUAGGGCUCCAAACUCUACUAGUGGCGGUGAAAAAUUGAAUGAUGACGGUGGCAGUUGCAAUAUCGAUGACACUUCCGGCAACUCCAACGGAGCAGCUUACAACACUGGAAAAAAGCAAACUCCUCCACAUCCGCUAUUGUCGCGAAAAGAAACAGACAGGUUGACAGCCGCUAUUAUAUCAAGAUUUAUUGACCAAUAUUCUGUUAAACUAAGCGCAAAGCUUAGCUCUAGUGUUAGUGGCAAGUAUUGUGGAACUACCUAUAUUGAAAUAGAGGCUCUAAACAUCUCUGCGGCCAAACAUGCCGACAUAUCGGAUGCCGUGACUGAGGAUGAUACUAUACCGUACCCAUUCGACAUUCACGAUUUUCCCAAUAAGCCAAUGGUUACCGCUAGAAGGGUCGUUCGUUUGUCCAAAAGGCGCUUGGAGCAAAAUGGCCACUUAAACGAGUUAUUAGCUAGAUUGCAAGAGAAGUAUCCGAAGCCAAAGCCGCGCAAAAUCUUUGGCACCUUGAUGGGAAUUAAGCAGGGGCGCAAGCCCCUUAAGCUACAGGAUGUUAGGUUGGUCACCGAGGGUUUUGUGCCCCAUCGCAUAGCGAAGCUAGCCGUGACUAGGGUCACUUACCAGGUCGAGGAUGUCUGCGACUAUAUCUUUGAAGAAUUGGGCUCAUAGAGCGGGCCUCUAAGAAAUUCCAAUAAGUUGAUGGCCAGGCUCGUUGAUUUAACGAAAUAGUAUAUGUUGUA